UAAAAUGCUUCGGAGCUCAGAUAGAUAGCAUUUUUAAGCCUACCUGUUGGCAAAAAACUAUUCAGUGGUAUCUCUUGAACUGCAAGGACACGGCUGAAGAGGGAAUCAUGAAGAUCCUAUUAAUUUUGUCAAUGCUGCUUGCUACUGUACUCUGCGUGAAUGAAGGUUACAGAAAGUUCAUCAACCAGCAUGUCAAGGGGGAUAUGAGCACUACCAGAUGUAACUCAGAAAUACUAAGCCGGAGCAUCUCUAAAACCAACAGCAACGAGUGUAAGGAGACUAACACCUUCAUUCGAGCUACCACCAACACCAUCAAAUCCAUCUGUGAGCGUGCAGGAGAGCCAUAUGGAGACUUAACCAAGAGCCUUCAACCCUUCUCAAUUGUUGUCUGCACACUGCGAAACCAGGGGGCCAGGCAUCCUCGGUGUGAGUACCGUGGUCAAGAUCGCACCAGGAGGAUUGCAAUCAGAUGUGAAGGAGGCUUGCCUGUGCACUUUGACAGAGACAUUGUAUAUUUUGAAAACUGAUUAAG